AUGGCUCACCACCCGUCUUUUACUCUUGCCGGCCUCUUGGCCGUCGGCGGCACUGCCGGCUUCCUGAAGACGCAGUCCAAGCCGUCGCUCAUCGCGGGUCUUGGACUUGGAGCCGCCUACGCGUACUCUGGCUACCUCCUCAAGGAGAACAAGGACUACGGCGCGGAACUCGCUCUCGGAAACAGCAUCGUCCUGCUUGGCGCCGGCGCCUCCAGGGCCAUCAAGACUGGAGGGAAAGCACCCAUACCACUGGCCCUCACAUUUGCCGGUGCGGCGGCGACUUUCUACUAUCAGAAGAAGUACCGGGAGUUCAGGUUCGGGGUUUAA